GCGAAGGCGAGAGCCGCCCCGAGCCCGCCUGCUGAGCAUCUGCGGGAGACGCCGAGGGAGGAAGGCCGGGGACGAGGAGGAGGAGGAGGCGGCGGCGGCGGCGGCUCAUGGGGGGCAAAACUGGAACCUUGAGAUGCAGGUGGAAUGUGGCAUGCCUGCUGCUUCUGGCAUUAAAGACCUCUGGGCUGAAAGAAGGUGACCCAGAUACCCCCAUGGGUCUGCAGUGUUACCUCUCAGUACCAGACAUCAGUAUGAACUGCAGCUGGUCCACUCGGGACCCUCCAGAUGUUAGCAGCAUCAGUGUUCUUCACUAUGAAAGCCUAAAACUCCGUCCUAACCAAACUCACUUGUUGAAGGCUCAGAAUAAAGCAAAUUGGUUGCUGAUUGGACAGGACACGGUGAUGCAGGGAGACGACUGCAGCGUUUGGGUGGAAGUUCACACAGCAGCUGGGACUGCAACCUCCAAUAAGCUAAACUUCAGCCUGUAUGAGAUAGUGAAGCCCCCUCCUCCAGUAUUGGACUCCGUGGAGCCUGAUUCCCAUGGAGGUGACGUAAAAUGGGAGACUGAGCCACCCAGUCACCAGUGUCUCAUCUAUUCCCUUCAAUACAAGGCGUCCAAAGACCAUGGCUGGAUCUAUGUUCAUGAGGACCAUGUAGGCCACAGCAGCCAUUACCUUGAGGGCCUAAAGCCGUUCACUUUGUAUGAAGUACAGGCACGGUGCAGGCCAGAAAAGGGGUUUUGGAGUGAAUGGAGCUCUUCGCAACACUUCCAAACUCUUGAGGCUGCUCCACUGGGUCGGGUAGAUGUGUGGCAAAAAGUUGAUGUCUCCGACAAUCAGAAACGCCUCCUGCUAUGGAAGGCACUGGACCCAGAGUCAGCUCAGGGAAAGAUCCUGGAUUAUGAAGUUUACUACCAGAACCAGGGGGGAAGCGUCCUCAGGAAGACUUGUCCCUGCUGCAGAACUAACCUCCCUCACACCGCCAACUACGCCUGGGUAUCAGCCCGCAAUUCUGUGGGGAACACGCAGCUGGCCAAUCUCAGCUUGGUCCAUGCAGUACUCCCCGGUCCCGAAAAAGUCCAGGUGCUGGCUGUACAAGACCUGGGCCUCAACGUGACAUGGAAGCCCAGCACGAGCCCUCUGUGGGUCCAGCCUGAGGAAUACGUGGUCGAGUGGAGAGAAGAGCUUCGCAGCAAGGGUGAGACGUUGAACUGGUCACGCGGCCCUGGCAGCAGCGACAGUGUCCUGCUGAGAGGUAACUUUACGCCAACGGUCCCAUAUCUUGUGUAUGUUUACGCUGUGCAUGCUCAUGGGUACAGUGCCUCGGACCCAGUGCGGGCUUACUUCAAGGAAGAAGCGCCAUCGAAUAGUCCUCAGGCACUGCAGGACCAAAGUACUUCCUCUACAGUCUCUCUUAUCACUUGGGAGGAGAUUCCCUUAGUGGAUCGCAAUGGGCACAUCACCCACUACACGCUUUACCUGCAGCAGCUGGCGUCAAGGACCUUCGAGGCGAAUAAGACCAUUGGUGCUCCAAAGAGGAGCCACAAGCUCUCAGGUCUGACGCCGGGGACUUCCUACCAGCUCUGGAUAACUGGCUCCACCUCGUCUGGAGAAGGCAGGCCCAGCCCACUGCAUCAUUUCCGCACGCCAGAUUCCAGUUGGCUGCACAUCGUGGUGGUUCUCCUGCUAGUGGGAUGUCUGUUGAUUGUGGCCUUGGUUGUGGCGCUUGUUAAGCGCAGAUGGGUCCGCGGCUUCUGCCAUAAGAUCCUGCCCCCAUGUUGCUGGGAGGAAAUUCCAGAUCCAGGGCACAGCAUUGUUGUCCUGAAGAUAAAUGAACAAAGCUGUGAACCAAGCACCGCACCUGGCAUGAACGCUCUAAGCCAGGACCCGACCCUGUCCCCAGAAGGAAUGGACAUUGUUGAGAUAAAGGAGCCCGCCCCGGAGCCAGCCCCACAGCCAACAGCACCCCCUCCUCCAGUGGAGAUCUCCGGUUAUGAGAAGCGUUUCAUGCCCACCCCAGAAGAGCUGCAGAAUCUGGUUUAGACAAGAGAGAGAGAGAGAGAAAAUAACACUUCAACAUCUGAGGACCACUAAGGUGCUGGCCCUGGUCCAGCCGAAGAUCAGCGUGACUUUCCUGUGAGGAUUCGUUCCUCAGCCUGGGAGAUGGCGUAGGAAAAAUGCUGUGCCACGUUCUUUUGCCUUUGAUGUGCCUCUACGAACAAAAAGUGGGACUUCCAGGUGGUCUGCAGGGACAAUGCCUCCAACCUCAAGGGGCCAAGGGCUGUGCCAGAUGUCUCUGGAGGGCAUCCCCUGCCCACCCACCCACCCACCCCGCUCUGGACUUCCUUGGGGAGAUGGCUCUCCCACUGAGCAGUCACACUUCUGCCUGGGCUCAGUCUUUCUGCAUAGACCUGAUCUCACCUCUCUACCCCUCUUCAGCCCGGUCGUCUGGAUGUGAGGGUAGCGUUGGAAUGGCAGCUCCUUCCAGAUACAGGGCCUCUUUCUGUCUGACUGGGCCCUGCUUCAGACUCUUGACAGCUGUAACCCCAGGACAGUGGAGGAAACCUUUGCUUUCUUUCGAGAAGGGCUGUAAAACCUUUACUAAUUUUUUUUUGGGUUGGGGCUGGUUCCUCGGCUCAAAGAAGUUUUAUUACUUGUGACUUAUGAGCUGUUUGUUUUAAAGGUGAUUUUUGUACGUUGGUUUUUUUAUAGGAGCGUUUUGUGUUUUCGUCAAGAGCUCUGUUUUAUGAA